UUUCAAACUAUCCCCUCUGCACCUUCAACACGUUUUAAGGGGGCCAGCACUAGCCUGACAUUUAUUUGUGGUAUACUUGCAGUAUUAGUUAAAAAAGUGUGUCUUUUGUGAGGGAGUGACUGAACGCCUCCUGAUUCAGGCCAGUUUAACUCAGUCUUGGGAUCUGACUGCAGCUCUGGGAAUCUGCCACAGGCAUGCCUUUCCUUUGAGGCCAGACCUUCUCCAGCCUGGAUGGAUCAGACAGCGAGGAGGCUGCUGAGCAAAACGUCCCCACCACCACUACAGUUGGAUGUCUCACAUUGUGGCUCUGUUUGGAAACACCACUGAAGUUUGAAACUGCAUCUGCCGAACUUGAACAAUGUGCAUCGGUUGGCGUGGGGGUGCGAGGAUGCUGAUAGGCUUGUGUGGACUAUUUGUCCUGAAGGUCACCGGCUGUGCUGGACAGACCUAUGAACGCUGGGAGGCCGGUUCCUCGUGCUACGGAGGAUUUGAUCUCUACUUUGUGCUGGACAAAUCUGGAAGUGUCCAGCACCACUGGAAUGAGAUCUACUAUUUUGUUGAUCAUCUUGCACACAAGUUCAUCAGUCCGCAGCUCCGAAUGUCCUUCAUAGUGUUUUCAACAGAGGGAAGGAUCCUAAUGAGACUGACAGAGGACAGGGAUCAGAUCCGCGCCGGGCUGGAGGAGCUUCAGGGAGUGUUGCCAGGUGGAGACACAUUCAUGCACAAAGGCUUUCAAAGGGCUAGUGAGCAGAUCUACUAUGGCACAGGUGAUGGAUAUCGCACAGCGAGUGUCAUCAUUGCUCUAACAGAUGGAGAAUUGCGCGAGAAUGAAUUUGACUUGGCAGCCAGAGAGGCCGGACGCUCGCGGCAGCUGGGAGCUUCUGUCUAUUGUGUUGGAGUGAAGGACUUUAAUGAAACCCAGCUGGCGACGAUAGCUGACAGUAAAGACCAUGUUUUUCCGGUGUAUGAUGGGUUUGAAGCCCUGCAAGGAGUCCUUGAUUCGAUCCUGAAGAAGUCGUGCAUCGAGAUCCUUGCGGUGGAACCGUCAAGCAUUUGUGCCGGAGAAUCCUUCGAGGUGGUCGUCAAAGGCAACGGAUUCCUUCACGCUCGUGAUGUGAACCGAAUUCUUUGCAGCUUCCGCAUCAACAACACCAUCACCGUGAUGAAGAGACCUCUGGUAGUUAAGGACACGUACCUGCUCUGCCCAGCGCCUGUACUGAAGGAGAAAGGAACAUCUGCCACUCUCCAUGUCAGUAUGAACAACGGCCUGAGUUUUAUCUCCAGUUCUGUGACCAUCACAACCGUGACCUGCACUGAUGGAACCUUCUUGGCCAUAGCGCUGCUCAUACUUAUGCUGCUGAUCGCCAUGGCGAUACUUUGGUGGUUUUGGCCCCUCUGCUGUACCGUGAUUGUCCACGAGCCACCACCACCACCUGUGAUGGAAGACAGUUCGGAUGAAGAGGAUGACGGCUAUCCAAAGAAAAAGUGGCCGACAGUGGACGCGUCAUAUUAUGGUGGCAGAGGAGUUGGCGGCAUUAAAAGAAUGGAAGUGCGCUGGGGAGAUAAGGGGUCCACUGAAGAAGGAGCCAAACUGGAGAAAGCCAAGAAUGCUCGAGUGCAGAUGCCAGAGCAGGAGUUUGAGUUUCCAUGCACACGGACCCUGAACAACGGCAUGCGGAAGCCCAUCUACCCUCAGAAGUGGUACUCGCCGAUCAAGGGUAAACUGGACGCGCUGUGGGUGUGGCUUAGGAGAGGAUACGACCGUGUAUCAGUGAUGCGGCCUCAACCUGGAGAUAAGGGUCGCUGUAUGAAGUUCACCCUCAUGAAAUCCUGCCCGGCCCCUCAAUACCCACAUUACAACAACCCCUCGACUCACAUCUACAGCCUUCCCCACAGCAGAUGCCCCCCUGUCCCACAGGGCACCCUGCCGCCCACUCCACGCUGCUCCGCCCACUCUCCGACCUCCACCCUCCCACCACUGCCUUCCACCCCGCCCCCGUCAUCUAUCACCCCUCCCCCUUACACUCCACCUCCAACCAAUCUGAGCAUCAGUGUGACUUUACCCCCUCCCUCUCCACCACCACCAGCACCCUCAUCCUCCAGCACCCUGCCUCCACCCCCUCUUGCUGCUCCGCCCGGACGAGCCCCGCCUCCUUCUCGUCCACCACCACGCCCAGGUGUUGAUGUUCCUGACCUUCCCUAAAGAGGAACCGCAGUUGUUCCAUUAGGGACGAGCUGCACCAAGACUUUUCAAUAAUGAAAAGUGUGAAUCGAGGCAUUCGGCAUGUAUCUGACAUUGUGUCAACCUAACGCUGAUGGAUGUCAUAGAUAUGAAAGACCUAGCGACUGUUGCUAAUUUCCACCACCAUAUUCAAGCACAUCCAUCAUUUCAGAAGACAAUGCACAAAUGCAAGAAAAAGACUUUUAUCACGAUUUAGUACUUUUAUUCAGUUUAAUCUUGUUAUUUAGUAAAAAACAAUUCUCAUCCUUUUUUAUAUCUUUUUCUGGUUUGUACAUCCAUGUUACUUUUGACUGUAUGUGCACUUCAUUGUUACCCUUUCUAAAGCCUGAUUCGGACCACCAAUGACUAGCUCAUUUAUUUUAAUGGAAGCUUGGCGACUUCCGGGACACGACCAAAACCAAGUGUUGGCGACAGGAAGGGGACGUGUCAAAAGUUUAACUUUACGACUUUUCGUCAAUCACGUUAUCUGUCUCUCAUCAGUUAUGCUACGUUCACACUAGACUUUGAGCAUGCGAGUAUUUGUCGGACGUUGCUGCAGGGAGUGGACGGGCAGUAGCUCAUCAGUAUGAUAUUUGGUUUCGUCCAUUUGUGCUUCUUUAGGUCAGAGAUCACCAGACUUGAACUUUGCUACGCAGCGACCUGCAACAUAUCGCCACACAAGCUUGCGUUUCCGGUCUGAUGCUUUCUCAUGCGUAUGAAUGGAAGACGAAAAGUCUAGUGUGACCGCAGUGGAUGGCACUUGUUUGUUUAUGACCACCAAAAUUAGGAACACCUCCUAAGGACCACAUUGACAGAAACUUGAGGAAAAAACUCUUUAACCCCUUAGCAUUCCUGAAAAACUCCUUAAAAUGACACAAAUUGUAACUGCUGUGUUGAUUGUAUCUUAAAAGGGUUUACAUCAUUCGAAUCACAAGAAUCUCAGCUUUCCAAAGAUAUAUGACAUGUUUAGGUAUUUGUUUUUGAGUUUUCAUGAAGUUUCUGUCAAAUAAUGUAGUGUUCGUCCCAUGGGACAUUGGAACGUUAGGGGGUUAAUAUGUAUAUAUGGUUGCUUUGCAAACAUUGAGUUUAUAUUAUAGUUACAGUUUGAUCAUUUUAAUUUCAAGCACUUUUUGAAUUUUGUUUGAAAGUUUCUUGUGGUUAUUAAGGAUGUUCAAUGUCAAUCUGGAGAUCCCUUGAACGAUGAGCAUGUUUGUACACGCUUUAAAUAAAUUUCUACUUCUGCGUCAUAUGUUUGGUACAUCAUAAGCCAAUUCUACACUUUUGCGUAUCAGACCCUAAUAAAUAAUAUCAUUCUCUAAUGGCGUCUGAUUCACACACAAAUAAGACAACCUCUUGAAAAUCAUCCACACUUUUCAUAAUAAAAGGAAAUCUUCAACUCGAGCAGCGACUCACAUGCGUUCAUGUGAAAAUCAAAUCUAAUUCACAGAACUGAUGCUAAAUGAAAAACUCUAUGUAACUUGUUUUUAACAUCCACCAUGUUACAUAUUUACACAGAUAAUCCAGAAGAAUUGACCCUUAAGAUAAUAAGAUGAUUUAAGGAAAGCUGGAGGAUGACAUACCUAAAAUUUUAGCAUUUUGUAUGGAUGGCCUACCCCAGAGCACCCCAAUCUGAUCACGGCUCUCUUCUAUAAGCGGGAGAAUGUUAUCAUUGCAAAGUGGUCAUGCUAAUGUCUUGGGUUUAUUUCACAAGACUUAUGGAUAUGCUGUUUGAUUUAUAAUUAUUAGAUUUUUUAAGCUGUUCCUCAAUUUGUGUGUUUCCCAUUUGAAUGGUUACUGCUUGCGCUGGGACCUAAAGGCUUUAGCUUCAAUUUUGAUUAAAUUAUUUUCGAAACGGUUGCAUAUUAUAUCGUUGAUUUAUCCAUCGAAUGCAUAGUGCAGUCCCUUUUGUCUUGCUCUCUCAGAUAUUUCACCUGUUGGCCAAAAAUUACUAAUUAUCUCCUUGGGAAUGUCUGACACAAGUGCAUACACUGUACUAGACACGAAAGCUUGACAGGCAUAGCAACAGUAACUAAGAAGGGCGGGGCUUAGUGAAGGGUCAAAUCAUUUAUUAGCAAACACCUUGUAUACAACUAAUGCCCAACAAAUUUUUACACUAUCACCAUUUACUUUUAUUCAUUAAAGCUUUCAUUGUUCAUUCAUGUACGUAUGUACUACAAUGUACUAUAUAAUGUUAACAGACACACUAUAAAAAAUAAAGGUGCUUCAGAACCACUUUGUGGGCUAGAUGGUAUUUUAUAUACGAGGAAGCUUUCGGGUUUUUUAAACAGAAAGAUUAUAUAAAUGAGUUUAUUAGUAAAUGUUUGUUUAAGAAAAAAGUUUGUAAUUUUACUGAUACAAAUUUUAAAAACUUCAUGUAAUCUGAAAACACGAAAUCCGAAAACCUGAUUAUGAAACGUGGGUAUAAUAUUAGCACCAUCAAGUCUCGGUAAUUUUAAAUGAAUAUGUUGUUGCCGAACAGAUCCGAGAGGACCCGACUAUCUCGCGUGUGCGUGCAUCGAGUCCUUUUCCAACCCCUCCUCAAGAGCACUUGCGACAUCGUGUGGCUGGUGGUAGGUUAAUUUUCGUUCGGACAGACCUGUCAGUCAAUUUUCAAUGCGCAUUUUAGCGGAUACAUUUGUGUCGUCAAAAGAUAAUAAAGGAAAAUAAAUGGAGCAGUGGGCCAAGUUGGUUGCGAGGUCACCGGGUUUCUUUAUGUCUGACUGAUGCGUGCAGGGAUGCAGACUGCUGUGCACACAUGUUGGUGCAGUUUGCAUUCGGUUCCAGUUUGGGUUUGCCAAUGGGUCGGACUUAGGUUUGUCUCAGGUCGGGUAUUUCUUAAAAAAAAAAAUGAUGCAUGUCGGGUUCGGGUAUAAAGUGAUUUGGGUCAUAUCGGUUGGAGUACAUUUAAACAAGAGAGAAGACUUCUAACUCAAAUUCCGGCCUUCAUGUAGCGAUUAGAAAUCUUCUUCGCAUCGUCUUAUUGAUUAUAGCUGUUAUCUGAUUUAAUCCCUACAGUAUAUUUCAAACGCCCAACUUCUAACGUUAAGCACACAAGGGUGACAAUGGAUAUAAAUGCUAUGCAUUUACAAACCCUGUCUUGUCAAUUUGCAGAAAAUUAAUCUCUCAUCAUACGCUCUUAUAAAUAGGCCUACGACAAAAUCAUUUCACCUAGCAUGGAUCCGGUGUUCAUCAGCAAGGCUUUGUGGCCGUGUUUGUUAUGAUCUGAAAUAUGUUUUUCAAUAGCGGACAGACCUGCAGCCAAUGGCAUCAGCAGCACCUGCUGUUAAGAGUCAAGGAUACUACACACUAUGUUUACAUUAAUGCGUUUAUCCUUUAAAACGCGUUACUUUUGCUACGUUUACGCCUUUCAUCUACACUACAUCACCGUUUUCGACCCUCAUAAACGGAUUCGUUCGCAAACGCUGAAGACCCCGUUUUAGUUUGAGAACUCAGACGUUGCUCUGAGUGUAAAUGAACAUAGACGGAGUCUUAUGUAAACGAACAGCUGAUGUUAACGUGACAGCGCAUCAUUUUCAAAGUAAAAAUUAUUUUAUUCAUGUAAAUGUUGGUUUGUUACGGAGGUUUUGCCAAAAAUAGUAAACAUCUACCAACCAGCUAUUAUA